AUGGAAAAACAUAGUGGCAAUGAUCCAAUAGAAGAAGGGAAUGCUCCAGUGCCCGAUGAAGCUUUGGCCGCUCCUGUCCAGCCUGAAUCUUUAGUCGAUUCUCUUGGCUGGGAGGAAAUCGACAGAUCAAUAUUCGCCUCCAUUGGACCGGAGAGCCAGGUAUACCCGGAAGCCCAGUAUACCUGCGACCCUGAAUCAGAUGCAUUAUAUGCACAAGAAUAUCAAGCGUUCCUUCAAAGCUGUGAAACCCCCAGCCAGCCCCCUGAAUUUCGUUCAGAUGCAUCUGGCAGUCAAGCAUUGGUUGAAGACUUCAACCAACCUACUCACUUCCUACAAUUCCCUGAAUAUUACUCAGAUCCCAUUGGUAUUCAAGGAAUUGAUCAAUAUGCCGUCGCUCCUGUCUAUGGCGAUUAUCAGGUUGAUCAAGCUGGUCUGAUUCAACCAGCUCCGAUGGCCCCCCAAGGCGAACGAGGCACUGAUAAUACGCCUACAACUCACGCGACCCCUCCAGAAUCGACUCCUCCUAUCAGACAAUUGGACUCCUCCGCUUCCCCUCCCCCUCACCCAAGAGUGGCUCUGCUCCGCCUAGACGAUAUUGCGCCAAGCAGACUCAGACUCGGAACUCCACCCAGGCCGAGGGAAGGCGCCCAAGGGACUCUUAAGAAGCAAGCGGAGGAAGGCGCCCAAGGAGUUCUUGGAACCCGAAAAAGGAGCGCCGAUGAAGAUCAGGAUGAUCAAGACCGCCCAACAAGCAAGAUUCGGUUGGCUUAA